CCGCCCGCGCCGCCCGGCACAGCGGAACCACACGGAGAGGCACAAUGACUGAGCAGCAAAGUCCCCCCGAGCAGAUGGCGACUGGGGAGGGUGCUGGCGAGCGAGGUGGCAACUACAAGAUCACGAUCUACGAGCUGGAGAAUUUCCAGGGCAAAAGGUGUGAGCUGACAGAGGAGCUCCCCAACAUCACCGAGAAGGAGAUGGAGAAGGUGGGCUCCAUCCAGGUGGAGUCUGGCCCGUGGCUGGGCUUCGAGCGCCAGGCCUACGCCGGGGAGCAGUUCGUGCUGGAGAAGGGCGACUACCCCCGCUGGGACUCCUGGUCCAACAGCCACAGCAGCGACAGCCUGAUGUCCAUCCGGCCCCUCCAGAUUGACAGCGCCGACCACAAGAUCCACCUGUUUGAGAACGUGGGAUACACCGGGAGGAAGAUGGAGAUCGUGGAUGACGACGUCCCCAGCCUCUGGGCCCACGGCUUCCAGGACCGCGUGGCCAGUGUCAAGGCCCUGAACGGAACGUGGGUGGGCUACGAGUACCCCGGGUACCGGGGCCGCCAGCACGUCUUCGAGAAGGGCGAGUACCGGCACUGGAACGAGUGGGACGCCAACCAGCCCCUCAUCCAGUCCGUGCGCCGCGUGCGGGACCAGCAGUGGCACCAGCGGGGCUCCUUCGAGAACAGCUGAGGGACCCCGAGCUCCCGCCGGGGCCGCUCGCGGGGUCCCCCGGCUGAUGCCGUGACCGUGGUGAUUUUUGUGCAAAAACCUCAAUAAAGCUCUGAGCUGGA